UUCGCUGUCCACAUCUUCUACGACAAUGUCUGAUAAAACGAGUCGCUCUGCCACUGUGACCCGCAAAACAAACGAAACCGAGCUGGAGGUAUUCUUGCAACUCGACAAUGUCCCAGGCGUCGAUCAACAGGUCAUCGAAGUCUCCACAGGCAUUGGAUUCUUGGACCAUAUGUAUCAUGCGCUUGCAAAACAUGGAGGGAUGUCAUUGACCAUGAAGUGCAAGGGUGACCUAUGGAUUGACGAUCAUCAUACCGCAGAGGACUCCGCUUUGGCUCUAGGGGAGGCCUUCAAAAAAGCAUUAGGGGAGCGAAAAGGGAUAAAAAGAUACGGAACUGGCUUUGCUCCUCUGGAUGAAGCCCUGGCGAGAGCUGUCGUUGAUAUCUCGUCGCGUCCCUUCUGCGUGACAGAGCUUGGCCUCAGGAGAGAGAAGAUUGGAGAGCUGUCGACGGAAAUGAUUCCUCACAUAUUGCACUCCUUUGCGAUAGCCUCUGGGGUGACGAUGCAUGUGGACGUGUUAAGGGGUGAAAAUGACCACCAUAGAGCCGAGUCUGCGUUCAAAGCACUCGCAUUGGCCAUAAAACAAGCCGUUGAGCGUACUGGAGGUAACGAUGUACCCAGCACGAAGGGGGUUUUGUAACGAGCGACCUUUCUACCAUCUAGAGCAUCUUUCCACCCCAUAAUUCUGCGUGUCCGGGUAAUCAUCCAUACAACAUAC